CAGACAUUGACGACUUAGUGAAAGGCCCUAAUGUACAGGAAGCUGAAAGCUCACAGGACCAGACGCAGGACCGUGCAAGGCGGCAGAGGAACAAAGGCAAGAUCAUGGGCAGACUCAAUGGCGCCAUGGAGGCAGAGAGAGUGACGGUACGAGACCUCGUGACCCCCGUCUUGGCAGAGGUACAAAAUCACUCGCUAUACUCGUUCUGCAGACAUCAACUUCUUCUGCCAAGGUAGUACUUUUACCACUUUGAGUUCCAUCAUGGCACCAGUCGCUAGCUCUGAGCAUGUUCCUGCACCUUUCCAUGGCCCUUCAUCGACCAAAGCGGGCAAUGCCUCUCGCAUCCAGGCAGACCCACAGCUGGUAGCCUACCCCACCUACAGUUCCGAUCCUUCCACUCCCGAAGAAUUUUACACUCGCGCAAAAGAAGUCAGUGACCUACUCGCCCAGGACGCCCACAUUCGAGAUCGGGGUAAUGUUGUUCCUCACCGUCAAGUGCAGCUCCUGAAGGAUGCAGGGCUGGUCACUCUCCUUGGCCCUAAAGAGGCAGGCGGGGCAGGGCAGACCUGGUCUGUAGCCUACCGCGUAGUGCGGAUCAUUGCUCAGGGAGAAGGCUCGCUAGGUCAACUUCUCGGGUACCACUACAUCUGGUUCUGGACCUCCGUAUUCGUCGGUCUUCCCGAGCAAGACGCACGAAUUCGAGCUUGGCUCACACAGAACAAGUACUUUCUUGGCGGAGCGGUCAAUCCUCGAGAUGCCGAUCUGCAGGCAGUGCCCAAGCAGGGGGAUCCUAGCAAGCUCGUCUUCAAUGGCAAGAAGACUUUUUCGACUGGAAGUAAAAUAUCGGAUGUGACCAUAUUGGAGGGAGCUCUGCCCGAUGGGACACACAUCUUCGCCCCAGUCCUCUCGAGCGAUAAGGGCAUUGUGUAUGGCGACGAGUGGGUCGAUACCUUGGGCAUGAGGGCAACACAGUCUGGAGGUAUUACCAUCACUGACGUUGAAGUCGACGUUGCCGACGCUCUGGGCUACGUCGAUGGGCAAUUUCGAGCUCUUGGACCUUUCAAUACCUUGAUCUUGCCUGCGAUUCAACUCGUCUUCACUUCCUUCUACCUCGGUAUAGCCCAAGGCGCCCUUGCCCGUGGUCUAGCCUACACCAAAUCCAACACGCGCGGCUGGCCCUACCAACCCACGCCCGUAGCCCGCGGCACCGACGAAUUCUACAUUCAGGAAGGCUACGGCACGCUGCAAGCUCGUCUCUGGGCUUCUGAAGCCCAAAUCGACGCCGUUGUCGAUCGAGCCUCAGCUCUACUUCACGCUUCGCCACGUGAGGCGAUCACGGCAGAGCAGCGUGCUCAUCUCGCUGUGCGCGUCGCAGCUGCUAAGAGCAAUGCGGGCGAUUUCGGACUAGAGGUGGUGACCAAGGUGUACGAGUACCAGGGAGCUCGCAGUGUCAGUGGCAAGUACGGGUUCGACCUUGCCUUCAGAGAUCUUAGGACCCAUUUGCUGCACGAUCCGCUUGCUCAUAGAAAGGCCGAGGUGGGCAGAUGGGCGCUGCAUGCCCCUAGCGAGGAGGCUUGGCCUACGCCGACUUGGUACUCUUGACAUGACAAUCUGUGGAGGAGAGCAAGAGAUGGAGAGAGUGUAGACACCUGUGGUCCGAAUGGUCAGUGAUUUAGUGUCCACCUUUUGAAGUUUUUUCGCGG